AUGGCGGGCCUCGAUCACAUUGCUAGCUCGCUCUCCCAAGACGAGAUUCCGUUCAAACUGCGGUGCGCCAUCUGCAGCAAGCUCGCGUGGAACGCUUUUAGAUUGCCAUGCUGUGACCAAGCAAUAUGCGAAGGCUGCCAAGCAUCCCUUCCUUCUAGCUGUCCCGUGUGUGAUCACAGCCCGCUUGACGCCGAGCUCUGCAAGCCAAACAAGGCUCUGCGCACUACACUCAAAGCAUUUCUACGCACCGAAGAAAAAAAACGCGAGAAGAACAAGCCUGUGAAAGAACCUACCCCGCCAGCUCCGGCGGUCUCGGCCCCUGCUGAGGCAGAACCUGUUCCCAUUCCCGCUGAACCGGAACAGGCUCAGGCUCAGGCUCAGGCCACUGACGGUAUCAAAACCGAUACUGCUGACCCUAUAUCCGCCAGUCCUAUCACCUCAGCACUCAAUGGGCAGGAUGCUGUGAAUACCGGCCAACAGCCCACUGGUGGCGAGAACGCGGAGUCACAGACCGAAAAUGACACAAACAACGACAAGGAUGCCAACCUGAAGGCGGCGAGCGAGACACAUGCAACCGAAACUGCUACCACCGAACCGGAAACCGCUCCUACGGCUUCCACAGCUGGCGUGGAAGGCGGUACUCUCGCACCCUCGGACAAUGCAAAUCUCCCAGAAGGAGGAUAUCCCAAUGGAUUCGGCCAAAUGGGCUGGAACGGAACCGCAGACUUUAACCAGGGAAUGCCAUUCAUGGCAAACGGGAUGAUGAUGCCCCAGAAUCAGAUGGGUGCUCCCGGUAUGUUUGGUAUGGGCAUGGAUCUGAUGACCGCGGCUCAAGGAAUGUUUACUGGCUACGGGAUGAAUAUGAAUGGGAUGAACAAUAACAUGGGCAUGAUGAUGAAUUCCGGUGCUGGGCAAGGAAUGUAUGGAUCAUGGGAUGGUCAGAACAACAUGUGGAAUGGUGGUCCAGAUAACUUCAAUGGAAUUGCAUUUCCUAAUCGCAUGGGUGCCGACUUUGGCCCUGCUCCUGGAGUUGGUGGAUAUAAUAUGAUACAGUCACAGUCACAGCCUCACCAAAAAUUUCCUCACCUGCAUCAGCAACAGAAGUUUCCUAGCAAUGAUUUUCAAAACUCAUAUGGUCCCUACGGCCGUGGUGCUGGCCCUGUUGCCGGGCGAGGAGGGCGAGGAUUCGGCCCUACUGGACGUGGCCGUGGCUAUCAGGCUGCUAACGGCUUUCAAGGUAACCAUCUAUCCCCUAACAUGGGCAGCUUCCAGCGCCAUAACCAGCCACAGUUCCAGCAGCAGCAACAGCAACAACUCUUCAAUGGUGCUUCGGGCCAGAUGAACGACGAAUUCAACCCGGGGGGCGAGGAGGAGAUGAAAGAGCAUCAGCCCAAGGAAGAGCCAAGUGCAGCUCCAGCACAGAAACAGCCUGCUGACGGUGAAGCAGCGGAUACCGCUGCAAGCUCAACGCCUGAUCAAGCUACAAACCAAUCAACGGAACAAUCUACCAAUACUACAGUCAAUACUACAGCAACGCCUACAGCCAACGGGACUGGCGAUACCUCGUCGCCCACCGUCGCUGCACAUACAAACCCCAUUCCUAGUUACUCUAGCACCCCGGGCUUUGGCGGAGGGGGCAGAUAUCAUGGGAAUCCCCCCGGCUUCCAGUCUACACCAUAUAUGAAUGGAAUGCCUAAUGGGAUACCAAGUGGCCCAAUGGCUUUGAACAGUAGUCCCAUGGCCAUGGGUGGCGUACGGGCAACAGGCCUCACUCCUGGUCCCGGAGUUGCGGGAGCUCCAGCUGCGCCAAGGGCGAUGAGGGAAGGCCUACCCAAUACAAGUACUCGUAACAUGAGGAACUUUGCUCAAAGUCACAGCCGAACGGUGUCGAUAAGCCAGCCAUCUAUCAAGGAAUCUCGAAGUUCAUCCCCGGUAAAGCGUGAUGCUGAGCAGGAUGUACCUGCCUCUAGAGCUAGGUCUAAGUCUAGGUCCAGAUCAAGGUCAAGAUCUAAGUCACCUUCAGGUCAUAGGUCUCGUCAGCGGCGCUACCGCAGCCCUUCGGCCGGACCUACGCAAAGUGAAGACGAGAGAAAACGGGAGCGGCGCAAUAAGCGUGCUCGCCGGGAUGACAAUGAUAGGGAAACCGAUGCUAAUGACGAUAAGCGUCCAACGUCUAGACCCCGUUCUCUUUCUCCUACGGACACUAAAUCGUCCUCUUACCGUAGACGUGACCGUGAGAGAGACCGAGAUCGUGAUGACAGCUCUUCCAAGCGCUCUCGUCGACGGCGUAGUCGCAGCCCAGGCAGACGAGAUGGUAGGGCCGUUGAUGCCUCUGAUAAAAGUGAUCCUGGCCUGUCUAUAAAGGGAGGCUCGUCAAGUCGGCGGGAUAAGCGUAGGUCUCGUGAAGAUGUUGAUGCUGUAGGGGAGGAUCGCCACAGACAGAGAGAUAAGGGCCGUGACCGCCAUCGUGAACGAGAACGGGAGCGGGAGCGGGAGCGGGAACGUGAUAGAGACCGUGAUCGGGACAGGGACAGGGAGCGAGAAAGGGACAGAGAUAGAGAUCGACGAGACCGUAAGAGGUCUCGUCGAGAUUACUCAGAGACUCGUGAUGAAGAUGAAUCCAAUGACCGCCGCUCAAGACGGCCUCGACACGAAGACAACAAUGAGCAGGCUGGUAAAACCCAGGAAACCAAAGCUACAGAUCAGUCUCGAUCAGGAGGCCAUUCUUCGAGGAAAGGAGCUGAUGUUGAAAAAGAUCCGCACACCCUUGAACGAGAGGCUCGGAACAGAGAACGUUUGCUGAAGGAACAGCAGCGACGAGAAGCCGUCAAUGCAGACCGUGAUGGCAAGGGAAGCGGCCGUCGUCGUGACGGCAAUUCCAAGCUUGAUCGCAACAUACUGGGCAGGAAACUGAGUUACAAAUACGAAGAUGAACUGGGUGACCAUGAACGGGAGCGUGAAUCUGUUCGAUGGACUUGA